AUGGCAGCUGGUGAUUCGUCUUCGGAGCUCUCAAAUUCUGAGCUUGAGUACGAUGAGGAUUCGUCUGAAGCCGACGAGGCGUUCUCUUGGGCAGACUGCGGCAGCGAUGAGGGGGAACGGGAGAUUGAGUUUUCCGGUUCAGAUGACCGGGGUGGAGUUUUCACUGGCGGCUGGGGAUCCAAAAACCCCUCUGGGACUUCAGCUGCUGAGGAAGUGGCGACCAUCUUAGAGUCCGAGUCCACUUUAGGAGAACCCGAGCUUGUAAUCUGUUGA